AUGGGCGGAAGAUCAAGUGCAACAGGGGUCGCCCGUGUGACCGAUCAAGCCGGAGAUGCCGCCAAGCCCAAUAGAGAGCCAGCGCGGUCAGAUUACCCCGUGGUUGCUUCGUUUGCAGAAGGAAAAGCGCGCACAGGAACAUCAACUUCGUGGGCGAGACUACUAUGGGAUUUCGAGGAAGCCCGCGACUAUUUUUUCGGACUUGAUACCGAAUACAGUUACAUGUUAAAGAGAGUGAAGGGGCUCAAAAGCCUCUUCUCCCCAAGACAGAGCACCAACUUUCCUUUUGGAGAUCCGUCGAGUGAUCUGCAGUCGCGAGAGUACUUGCUCUCACAGCUUCCUGCACGAGAAAUUGUCGAAGCGCUGCUCCAUAACUACAUGCGCACCUACGAAAAGCUCUUUCCGCUUUGGCAUCAACCAUCGUUCGAUCAGAACAUGAAGGAUUUCUGGGAGUCUCCUCAAUUUGUCGAGCGGACUUUCUUGGCUCAGAUAUACAUGAUGCUCGCAUUGAGCUGUCAUUCCGCUCCUGAUGGUGUGGCGGCUCUGCGUCAGCUUGACUUGGUCGAGCUGUCCCACACCUUCUUCGGUCUUGCGGAUGCAGCUUUCAAAGGCUCACAGUUUAUGAUGGUCCACGACCUCGCGGUUCUCAGGACACUCUGCAUGGCUGCAAUCGCGAAGAUCAUGGACCUCAUUACCUUCAACGACGCUAGAAGCUGCUCAUUACUCAUGGGCCUGGUCGUGAGACUAGCCGAGAACAUGUCAAUGCACAGGCAACCGAGCCUGUUUGUUGGAAUGUCCCAGUCUGAGGGAUUGACCAGGCAGAGAAUCUGGACGACCAUUACCUAUCUUGAUCUUGCGACCUCCGUGAGCACGAGUUUACCGCCCCUCAUUCGACCCGACGAUCAUGAUGUGUUUUCUAUGUCAGACCUUCCGGAGAAUUCAGCAAAAGGGUGUGAUGCCGACGAACUUGCUGGAUUCCAAAAUCUGCUAUCCGAGGCUUUACCACUUGCAUCUUCCAUUAUCAGCACAGCCAACUCUGUGAAGCCUGAGGUUAUUUACGACGAGGUCGAAAAGACGGAUAAAAAGCUGCGCAAUAUUCUGAACAGGCUCAACAAGGUUGAAAUGGGUGACGGAGUUGAUGCGUUCUCUCUUCAAGGCAUCAUGCUGCAGAGGGCAAUGCUUCAAAUAUUCGUUCGUCGAAUGCUGCUGAUCUUACACGAGCCAUUUGCGAGGGACCCUAAGCUAUCGACUGGAUACAAGACAUCGCGCUUCGCUGUUAUGGAAUGCUCACUCGCCUUGGUUCUCUGCCACGGCAGUCUGAGUGAAGCUGCGACCCUUGGCAACCCAGUGGAAUGGUUCCUCAACUUUUUCAAAGAAGACUUUGGCAUUGCUGCAAUCUACGUCACUCGAGCGAUCCGCAGAAACGACUUUGAUACAGAUGCGCAUCUGUUACCCCACACUUGUCCCAGAGAAAUAGCUUGGACGGCACUGAGAAGGUCAGCCGAGAUACUGGAGGAGCAUGCGGGAGACUCGGUGAACCAUUUUCGAAUAUACAUGGGAGUAGUCCAUCUUGUGGCAGCACUAGAGGCGCUAGAUUCAGGAAUUCCGAUGCUGGAGAAGAUGCUUGAGGCUGGCCGAACAGUCAUCCGCAAAAUUCAUGAGAAAAAAGGUGUCGAGGUUGGCGACAUGGACCUUUCGCCAGCGGCAGAGGUUACCCCUAGCAACUCGGAUGAGAUGGACAACUACCAGCCUGAUGACUGGGUGCCCUUUGGCCGAGCGUGGCUGCAACUCGAUCAGGAGUCCGAAUCUCCAAAUCAACAGAGUUUGUUUUUCUGA